AUGGCCAGUUUCACACUAGCGACCGCCAACAACUUCCAGCAACCACUUGCCCACCAGUUGCCACCCCAGUCGCCCAUCUACUCCCAAAGCCAAAGACUGGAUAGCUUGUCGCCUCCCGUCAAUGUGACCAUCAAAGAGGUGAAAGCAAAAUCUGCUGUGGUGUCAUGGGACAUUCCCGAGGGAGACCCAGUCAUCGGCUUUGCCAUCACACAGCAGAAGAAAGACGUGCGCAUGCUGCGAUUCAUCCAGGAAGUCAACACCACCACACGAUCCUGUGCAUUAUGGGACUUGGAGGAAGAGACCGACUACAUAGUGCAUGUCCAGUCCAUCUCCAUGUCUGGGACGAGCCCACUGAGCGAACCGCUGCGCUUCCGGACGCGGAAGGAGGCCGAGACUCAGGCCUCUAAGAGUAAAGACGAAGUGACAAUGGAAGAAGUGGGACAGACCACCCAGCUGAGGGCUGGAGAGCUCAUCAUCAUCGUGGUGGUACUUAUCAUGUGGGCAGGUGUGAUCGCCCUCUUCUGUCGCCAGUAUGACAUAAUCAAAGACAACGAGCCCAACAACAACAAGGACAAAGCCAAAAAUUCCUCAGAGUGCAGCACUCCCGAGCACCCGACGGGGGGGCUGUUGCGCAGUAAGUUCCCCAAGAACAACAACAAUAGGAUGCCAUCUGUCAACAUCAUUGAGGUGUGACUGCCAGGACGUCGUCUCUUUACCUAAAAGACUUUGUGCUCUCACAAACAAGCGGGCCCCUUUUAAGCCCAUCUGCUUGUCAGGAUGAUGCUGGGACUCUGGGCCCCUCGGCAGCGCCUUCUCUCCUUUGGGCCUGGCGUCGGCACAAAGCCGCAGGACUCCGGGCGUCGGGCGCGCCCCGGCCGGCGCCGGUGUGAAGAGGCCGCGGCCGCUCCGCGCUCAGUGACUAUCGCACUGCGGGGCAACAGAGAUUAGAGCCGAAUGGCUCCAGCGGUGGAGAGACUACAGAUAAACAACCCCCAGGGACCAAAGCUGAUAAACAGAGCCAGAGACCUUUUCAUUCUCUCCGUCCCCGUCUUCUCAGUGCGUUAUCGGUGACUGCAAACCCGGGCAUUUCUCUUUUCUGGGUAAAAAUUGUCCCCCUCUAAUCUUUUCUAUCUGCACAUUAUUUCAUCGUAACCUGCUGCAUUCUGUACUUUUAAGUGGGCUGUUAGAGUUUAGCUCUUUAAAUUUUAACAAGGUGCCACCAGUACAGUUUUGUUGUUCUGGUAUUUUUGUUUCAUCGAUCCCCUCUCGGGCAGAAACUCUUUGCCAUCUUGUGGAUUCACUCUCAAUUUUCCCCCCUCAGGGAAUCCAGACUCCACCACCUGGCUAAUUCACGGGCUGUUUCUAAAAUGUGUUGUGAUGAAGCCAGAGCAGCUUUUUUUAGAGAGCUGCUCCCAGAGCUGAAUCACCGGGACUCACCAACCUGUAACGAACACAUAUACACAGUAAAGUUCACAAGAAGCCAGGUUUCAUCCUACUUUCGUCCCCUUCUUUUGUGCUUUUAUUCUGAAAUGUUACAUUCCACAUCCAGGAUGAGCCCUUUAGUAUUCCCUCGUGUCUUUCUCUUCGAGGGUGAUGAAUCUCAAAGCAUUCUGGAGACGAGCAGAACUGCCAUAAUGGAGUGCAUUCAUCUAAUUAAUGAACUCUAAAAGGGGCUGGACUCUCAGAAGAAGUGGUCUUUCCUCUUCAGAGACACAAGGGAGCUCUCUUAUAUCAGCAAUAACAGCCCUCAGAGGAAGUGCAGAAUCGAGGACUCAGACUCUGUAGCCUCUGAGUAAAAUCCCGACCUCUCAGCAUGUUGUAAUAUUCAGGCAGACAAAUGAACUGCACGUCCAGUUUGGAGGGAAUCGACUCUGAGCAGAGGAUUCCCAAACGUCUUUAAGCGCUGUUGUAAAAACUUUGGUUUCUGACGGCUAGCAUGGGAUUAAAAAAAUAUAUAUUAUUGUUUUUUAAAUGGGGCCCAACUUGCAACCCUAGGACUUCUUUGUCAGCAGACAGAAGGGCUUCUCUUCAGAGUUUUUCACCAAUUUAAAGUCAACAUUUGUGCUGAAACAUGACGAUAUAUGGCACAUAUGGGAGCAAAAUGAUGCAUUCGAGGGCUGAUUCAAACUCAGUAGUACUGCCUUAAAAAUAAUCAUACAUUGUGAUUUAUCUAAUAAGAUGGAAGCCCCCGUAUCUCACAUCAUGUUAUUUAACUUCCACCCAGUAUUUCAAUGUGUGUGCAGAGAAACAGGAAACGUUACAGAUCGAUGCCAUGUUGUCCAAAAAGCUGGAAGAAGUAGGCUGGCCUUCAAUUAUUUUAAUGUGUAAAUACAUUUAAAAUGUCAUUCUUGUUUGGUGGCAUCAGUCUAAUGAAAGAUCCAGUCUGGUAAUGUGAGAGAGUGCUGCUACUGCUGGUCCUCUUAUUGAGCAGGUUUUUCAUCGCAGUCUUCUACUGUUACGUGCUUCUAUUAUGUCAUUAUGCUGUUUAUGUGCAUUAAGAAAAGAGUGUUUCUGAUGAGGGACGAAGCCCUGGAUGCUUUAAGUAAUCAUCCAGACAUUCAGCUGCUGAAAAUCUGUAGUCGUUCUGCGAUACGCUGACGCGUCUUUUAUUGUGAACGCAGCAGGUCCAGCUCCUCUGGCCUCCAGCGAGUGGAAAAGAGAGGCAAUGAAGAGAGUAGGUAGACUGGUAACUGAUGCAAUGGCAGGUUUUUAAUCACUAGCAAGCCUCCAUGAGCAGCGAGCCCUGCUAUUUGCUGCACAUCAUUUCCCCGGCUUCCUGCCCCAAUUUCUUCCUCUUCACUGCAAUUGUCACGAGAAGGCUUAAAAUUUAAACGCGGGUCUAAUGUGAAGGUCUCUCCUGACUGACCAGCGCUGCUGUCUAGCCAGGACAAACUUUGGGAAACCUUCUGUGGAGUGAUCAGCACUUUCCUGAAAACUUCUGCAGCUGAAGGCUGAAUCCGUUUCUCCCCAGGAACAGUGCCUCGGUAGCAGGCUCUCCGAUCAAUAGGCAUCCAUCCGCACAGUGACGGAUAAGGAUGAGCCUCUCCUCCAGAUGAUUUCUUUAAACUUCUUAAGUUUGUCAACAACAUAUUUGUCAGCGGCAUUCCCUGAAAGCAUUCAUUAAGUCCUUUCCUCCUCUUUGGUACAGUCAGCUAGCAGCUUAUGAGCAUAUGUUGUCACUGUAAAUAUUGUAUUACUGAUUUAAACGUAGGGCUGCGGCAGGUUGUUGUCAAACUUUACUGAUGAAUAGCUCGACAUUUUGGGUCUUUUUUGCUGUUUGACAAAAAGAUCAACACUUCUCUUUGAAGCUGGUUACAUUACAGCCAACACAUUCUCACAGUAAGGCAUCAAAUAGCAGUGCAUCACCCCCCCUGGGGUGGACAGUCAUGCUGUUUUAUAAGAUGCAACAAGGUGUCCUUUGGCGUUGUUACCUUGAUGCACCAGUCACAACAAGGGUCCCGUUUUAGAGACCCACAAAGUCCACAUUAGGAGGUUGGAGGUUUGGGAUCUUUGUUUCUCUUACUCACUCGUUAGGUUUGUAUUCACUCAAAGGUCAGGGUUAGGGACCGAGUCAGUGGCUCAGGGGUAGCACUGCUGCCUCCCAGAAGAGGAGUCCUGGUUCAACUCCGGGUAGGGUCCCUCUGUGUGGCGUUUGCUCUGGUUUCUCUGGCCAGGCUGCAGCGAGGCCGGUGUGUCAGCGUGACUAGUUAGAGGUCAGCUGUGACAUCACAGCAGGUGUGCAUAGCUACCAUAAACGAUACUUACAGUCGUCUGUGAAAGCAGGACAAAGCCCACAUGUAAAAGCUUGCAGGGUGGCAGCACUAAACGCUGUUUGGAAAUUCUGGUUAAUAUAUUAAUCCUGCAUGUUGGCAGCUGCAGCAGGUGACUCGAGUACUGAAGGCUGCGGUUCGAGUCCACCCUGGGCCGUUCCUCCUCACCUUCCUGUCUACUCCACUGUCAGGUCUGGAAUUUAAUAAAGAGAAAUGCAGCUGUCCAAGUGGUCCUAUACAAGCAUCCAAAUGUGUGACCAUUGCCAUAAAUGCUGAAGGCUGUAGCUGUGAGGGGAAUGAGACAGAGCUGCUGGCUCGAGCAACAGUACAAUCAGUCCCUUCAUCUAACUCACGGCAGAGAAAGCCAUCAAGUGGACCUCUGAAUAUGCCAACUUUUCCCUUUAAGGGUUGCAGCUGAGCGCACUGAGCGAGCUCUGCGACUCAGACAUGAAAAAAAAAUUUUAUUUUUUUUUACACGCAAGUGGUUGACCGUGUUUAACAGCUACACAGCGGUCUGACAUGUCCAGUUAAUUAAGUGGAAGGCAUCUGGGUAUCUAAUUAGUGUCCGCUCAUUGCAGUUCUCUCAGCGCGGCCCUGCUGCGGCAGAAAAACUGAUCACUCUGAUUCAAGUUGGCUGAAAGUAUCAGGGCGCAGCUGCUGCCGCUCUGAUUGGAGCGGGUUAAGUCAACAGCGAUCAAAAGAAGAUGAAAAAUAUUUUUCCUUAAUCGCGCUCGACAAACGGUGACGACGGCAAGAACCCUCUGAGCUUCAGCGCCACCGGCCCGGGACGUUUUCUCCUGUUACUGUUCUGCAGAAUCAAUGCCUGAAAUAACGGAAACGCUCGGUUGCAGCGAUGAAUCAUUUCACAUCAAACGCUGGAUUUUUCAACAACUUAUACGCCGUGUAUUUUAUUUUAGAGUAGAAACACGCCUGGAAAUACAUGAAGUUUGUUUCAUUAUGGGAUUCUUGAAAUAUACUGUAGGAAUGAGGUUCACGAAGAAGCAUGGUUUAGAAAAAUUAACUGCUUUACUAGUGCUAUCAUGUUUAUAUUCAUUGUAUGACGUGUACAGCAGUCAUUGCUUAAUGAGGGCUAGCAUGGUUUAACUAUUAUA